AUGGGUAUCGAUAUUAGGAAGCACCAUAUACGAAACAGUCACAGGGAAGAACCCAAGAGUCAAGAUGUUUAUCUUCGAUUAUUGGUCAAGUUGUAUCGAUUCUUGGCUCGAAGAACACCAUCCAAAUUCAACAAGGUCAUCCUAAAACGUCUCUUCAUGUCUCGAGUCAACAAACCACCACUAUCCUUGUCUCGUCUCGCAGAAUUCGCUGAAGGAAAAACAAACAAAAUCUGUGUACUAGUAGGAACCGUAACAAAUGACGAACGAAUGUUGACGAUUCCCAAAUUGACCGUAUGUGCUCUACGAGUCACUACCACUGCUCGUGCCCGUAUCAUAAAGGCUGGUGGUGAAGUAUUGACCUUUGACCAGUUGGCAUUAAGAUCGCCAUUGGGAAAGGGAACUCUCUUGUUACGUGGUCCAAAGAACGCUCGUGAAGCCGUAAGGCACUUUGGCGCUGCUGGCAAACCUGGAUCUUCCGUCAAGCCUUUCGUCCGCUCUAAGGGACGCAAAUUCGAAAAGGCACGUGGAAGACGUGCAAGUCGUGGAUUUAAGGUCUAG